GAUAUGUUAUUUUUAUUUGUGCAGGUUAUAAGUUACCACCCAAUACAGGCACAUUAUGGAAAGUGUUUUUUAAUGACUUUGGAUUAAAAAAUGUAUCUUAAGUCUACACACUGACGAAGAAUGAGUGGAGACUUUCAAAGACCAGGAAAGAUUAGUCAUCGCAAAUCCAGCCGCAUAACCUUUGCUGGUAGAGGGAGUGGUGACGGCCAUCUUAACAUUGAUGAUGCGGGGAUAUUACAACCGGAUGAUAAUAGUAAGAGUUUCGAUGAUUCUGUGCCUUUAGAAGACCCAAGUCUGAACCUGACGGAUGAUGAUACGUUUGCGAAUAUUCUUGAAGUAAAUACAGCUUCUGAAAAUGAAGACAACAUUCUGUCACCAACAAGUCAUAAAGUAUGUGGAACAUCAGAUUCUGAACCCAUUCUUGACAUCAGUGAAAAAUCGGGCCGUGUACAUAGUGAAGACCUUCGUAUACAGCUGGAUGAGUUAGGUGCUGAAUAUUCAGAAGAUUUUUCCAAAACAACCGACUCAAAUGCUUUGCCAACGAAAACCAAGUCACAUGCUUCAGGAAGUCCCCACCUCGACGAAACUGAAUCCCUGACUGAGUUCGAGGAGAUCGAGAGAUUGAUUCAAGCGAACACGGCACAAGACAGCGAUGACGAUUUCUCCGACAUCCCGGAAGAUUUAGAGAAGAAGAUUUUGUCGGGUCCUAUAAGCAGGAGCAGCAACAAUAGUCGGCGCAACAGUGGCUUGCCGACAAAAUCAUCUUCAUCGGAACCCCUUCCCCCUCUCUCUGCUCGAUCAAAUAAAUCUUCAUCAUCACGUGAAUCAAAUCGCUCACGUGAAUCAAAUCGCUCACUUGGAAGUUCUUCACAUCACGGGAGAAAUGAUGAGGAGGACAAAACCAACAUCCGAACUUUACAUCACGAUACCGGAUACGCAAGUGAUGUUGAUAAAACAACAACAAACCUCGAACCAUCGAUGGAAGUCGUUGAUCAGAAUCCACACAAUGACACACAAUCAUCGAGCGAGAGUUCCCAAAGUGAAUCCGAACACGAGAUACCAACCAACGACCCCAACCUCCAUUCAACCAUGGUGUCAACACAAGAUGAACUAAACGAAAGAGUCAACACCCAACAUAAUACUUCAAAUACUGAAGAUCUCACUAUUACACAAGAAGAAGAAGGUGUAGUGAUGGAGGAUACAGCAGAUACAGGGGGCGGCCAUGAUCAUAUUAUGGAUAGAUACAUCGUGCCUACACACAGGAGUGCUGUAGGCGACACUAAUGAACCAAACAGCUUGGUUGCUACAUUUGGAACAACUGAAGACUUUGAAGUUUUGUUGCAACAACAACUGGAUGAGAUGAAUGAUGAUGAUAUUGGAACAGCUACAAGAGGCCAAACAUACACAGGUAGAGACACAGAAUCACCAACGCAGUUGAACCAAACUACAGAUAUACAAUGGAGACACCCAGGCAACAACAGACAACCAACAAGCAAAAACUUAAACAGUUCAAACGAAAGUGUGCGCAAGUCAAGUUACACGAGACCCAGCCCGAGGAACAAACCAACCACCAACAAACCAGUCGUGAAAUCCCGAUUAAAAUUAUCUCCAGAAGUAAAAGCCAAUUCACCAAACAGGGAUAGUUUCCAACCACGAGAAUCUACCCCAGCAUCGGGACGAAACACUUCACGAUCCGCGCGAUCCCCGGCAGCCAACCGCGCAAGGAGGGCAAAUGAUAAAACUCACGGAAGAGAAUCCCGGUUGAUUUGCCAGAGCAGCGACGAUGCGAGCAUCCGAUCCGAUGUCUCCAGGAGCGAGUUACGUUCCAAACUUAAACAGGAAGCUCAAUCAAGGAAGAGAGAUGAAGAGUUCGUGAAACAACUCCAGGAAAAUUAUGGAGAACUUCUUAUGAAAUACGCUGAGGCUGAAAACACUAUCGACCAUUUAAGACUUGGAGCCAAGAUCAACAUAUUCGCAUCCGUUCCUCGCCCGAAUCCCGAAGACCCAACCCUUCCGUUUGUAGAAUCGACGUCGCACCCGACCGAUCGUCGUCCACGACUCGCAACUGUAACCGAUGGAGGGCUUAACCAGCCACCCCAGUCCCCAGUAAUGUUCCCAUCUGAUGAAGGACCAUCCAAGCUACACGCCUCAUCUGCUGGAUCUGAUAAAGACAGUUGGGUGGAAAGUAGUUUACAACUUCCAGCUGCUGCAGCUGCCGAGUUUCUUAGAGUAGCUUUGCAACUACAAGCCAAAGAUUUGCAGGACAAAAUCGAUUCCUUUAAAACUUUGAUGAAAGAAACAGAGCUAAGCCCACAUGAAAAAGCUCACGCCAUGGAAAACAUUGAAGAUUCACUUCAUGCCCUGGAGCGAGAUUACCUCAACGCUGUCGAUGAACACGCAGCGGAACAACGUAAGUUAGCGAUGGCCACCGGGGGCAGUGUGGAGCAAGGUCAACCUUUUGACCCCGGCAGGGAAAUGGAAUCUGAUAUUUUCCGACUUGGUCAAAUGAUUGAUGGAUUGAAACACGAGAUGUCCAACGAACCCGUACAACAACAACAACAACCCCCGUACAACCAUCCAAGUUCACCUGAGUUAGAUGUGGAUGAAAAGUUUGACCAACUCAUGAAAAAAUACAACCGUGCACCCACCAUAAAUGAAUCUUCCCCCACCACGAUCCCAUCCUCCCAUGAUGAAGAAGAGGAGGAUGGGGGAAGAACAUCGAGGAGCGAAAACAUCCCGAACAAAUACUUUCAACCAGCGUCGUCCCAACUUAACGAUUCAACCUUUACAGGGGAACCCCCCAGCCAACCCCAAACCCCCUCCCCAAGGAAAGAAAGGAGCAGCGUCCAUGAUGACACUUCACGUUCUCCAUCUCCUUCCAGAAGACAAAGUCGUCUUCCUCGUCCAGUUUCAAGAGGUAGGAGAUCUUCCAGUGCUGACCGGAAACAAACAGAUAAAGGCACAGAUAGCGGCUUCGUUGGUUCGGAAAGUAGUCGGCAAUCGACAACGACAGCGCCACUAACGCCCGUCAAGACAAAGUUAGUCACUCGCCCGCAGUCAGUUAUAGAAGUGAAGAAAGUUCCGGAUUCGAAACCCCCCGUUGCAUCGGAGAGACGAGGAAGGUGUUUGUCAGGUGAUACAACGUCUACAAUGCAAACUAAUGAACGACAUCGUCCGAAACCUGCCCGUCGGUUAUCCUCCGCGUACCAUGAUAAAGUUGGAAUGUAUAAACCACCACAAUCUUAUACGAUUGACGAUUCAAUGGACGACAUCAGCACGACGUCAACCGUUCGUGAAAUGUUGAAACCUCGUCACCCAUCUCGUUCUAUCUCAUCUUCACCCUCACAUAGCCCUCACCAAGCUAAGAUAAAACCCCCCCUUACCCCUUACCCACGUGGGUCCAGAAGUGGGGCAAGCGUCAAAUCUAAAGAUAGUUCAAAGAGUAGAAGGUCGAUGGCCAGCAGUACUAAGGACAGCACGCUUGACGCAAUUCGUGGAGAAAUUUCGAAAUUACGCGAGGAAAUGAAAUCGACCAAUCAGGGCAAAGAGAAUGUUCACCCCGUGUUGACCUCUACCCCUCGAGUCCCUCUAGUGGCCGAAAGAAGUCACUCCCCGAUCAUAACUUCGGAUAACGAAGCUCUUCGUGCCAUACAUGAUGAUAUUAAGGCUCUGAAAGAUGAAGUUCACCGACAAAGUCACCGCAAGGGAACAGGUGACACUUCGAGCGUCAAGUCCGCUGAAAUGUCCUCCUCACGAAGAUCCAGGAGUGAAAAAAAGACGCCGAGAUCCCGAAGAUCACAUUCGCUUGAUCGUGAUGACCUGAGUGAUGCAAGCACCAACCGGGAGGAAAGUCCAACAUCCGGAAGGAGGAGAAGAAGAUCACGAUCUCAAUCCCGUAAUCCGUUUCAAGGAGGUUAUUGGACUUAUGUGGCACCAUCAGCGCCCGUCAUCGAAACACAACAAGUCCCAAUAGCUCGAGUAUACGCUCGUACACAGUCCCCAGUCAGAGCAGUUUAUUCACCAGUCUACCCUGCAGUGCAGCCACCAGUUAUAGCUCAGCCACAAGUAGUUUACAUGGAGCAACCCACCGCCCCUACGCGGGUGUAUGUGUCGUCACCAGCGCCCACACAAGCACGAAUCUACACAACACCCAGUAAACCUAACGCCUCCAUCUACAUAUCACCACGCCAUGCCAACUCUAGCAGGAAUGUAAGGAAAGCAAAUGUUUAUAUUGUUGAUUCAGAAGAUGAACCAUUGAGGAGGAGUCAUUUGUCAUCUUUACGCCGAUCUUCGUCAAUGAGUAAACUUCAUCGUGAAGUUCCUCUCGUUGCUCUUCCCGAUUCCUCCCUAAACGACUCGAUUGAGAAAGCUGAACGAGCAUCUGAGAGACUUCGCUCUCGCUCACGAACAAUGUAUCGAACCGUUCGUGAUGAUUUGUACCACACACAACUAUUAGCUGACACCAUGUAGACACACAUUGCUUGCUAUGUAAAACACUCGUUUGCCAACCCUACCUUCUAUUUCAAGCUUUACUUUCCAAAGUAUUUUCAAAGAACAGUUUGUUAAAACCAUAGAAGUUCAUUCGUACCACAGUUUCCACUGGAGUUCUGUAGACUUUGUCAUCCAUUAUCAAGAGAAAUCAAACUGUUGAGGUUCCAUCUUAAAUUGACACAAUCUUUAUUGGUUGACAUAAUUUUCGCCAUUUAUUUAAAGAAACAUCACUUUUUACCCACCACCCUCACACACAUUCCCGUACAACAACAACUUUCCCAACUUUGUAUUAUGUCAAAAGGUUAAUGUUUCACUCAGGUUGAAAUAUUUUUAAGAGUUCGUAUUUAAUUUUUACUCUUUGACAAUUGUGAGAAUUUUUUUUACAUUUUACCCGAGAUAGUUGAAACAUAUUUUUAUACCCGUAGCAGUACAUCCUCCCCCUUGUUGCCUUACACCACAUUCCACACGUUAAAGUGUCUUCAAUUUUUAUCGUUUAUUCAAUAGAAGCUUUUAUAUUUUAUAUAGCACUAAAUUAGGUGAGACGUGUAUGAUAUUAAUUACGUUAUCCGAGCACAACGUGUAUGCUCCUAUUCAAAUACUGAAACAUCUGUUGCUGUUUUUAUUUUAACAAUAGUCCUACUGUGCCUUCCAAUUGUGGCUUUUAAGGUCACUGUUCGUAAACUAACAUCACCUGUUAUGCAAAAACCUGUAUUUUUCAAAACUUAUGUUUAAACCUGUUUUUCCUAUUACACCACACUUAGAUUUCAAAAAUGCCAAAAAUCUUCGAAUCAAAUUGUGUUUCAGUUCCUGACAGUUAGGACAUAUUACAUCAAAGACAACCAUCUA